GACAGGCGCGAAGCAGAUCGGAACCGCCUCGCCUGAACGCAGCAGCAACAACUGACACAACUACAACGACAGACCGACCGUGCGCAGUCUCGCAUCGAGGAGUGGACCCAGUGCAAGUGUUGCUGGUCGCCCCCAAGAAACACGAAGAACAAGAGAGCAAAGAGACCGCGGAAGAUCGCGUCGAGCCCGAGAGCGAACCCGUCCCGUCCUCUUUACGACACAGCACCACAGACAGUAUGGCUGGCUACAACGAGGAGUGGGUCGACGUGCAGAAGAGCACCUUCACCAGGUGGGCCAACACGUACCUGUCGCGCAAGCGCAUGACCAUCGAUGACCUGUACGAGGAUCUGAAGGAUGGUAUCCGCCUCAUCUCGCUGCUGCAGAUUAUCUGCCGGGAGAAAGUGUGCCGCAAAUUUAACAAGAAACCUCGCAUGCGUAUCCAAAAGAUGGAGAACCUGAACUUCGCCUUCGCCUUCAUGCAGAAGAAGAACGUCAACGUGACGAACAUUGGCUCUUCGGACAUCUUGGAUGGCAACAACAAGCUGGUGCUAGGCCUAAUGUGGACCCUCAUCAAGGCCUUCCAAGUGGCCGAGAUCGACGUCGAGGGCGUCUCUGGCAAGGACGGAUUGCUGCUCUGGGUCAACCGCUCACUGGCCGACUACCCCACGGUCGAAGUCAAGAAUUUCUCUAGCAGUUGGGCCGACGGUAUGGCCUUCUGUGCCCUGAUCCAUCGCUAUGCACCCACACUCCUCGACUUUAACUCGCUAAACCCCAAGGACGCCCAGACCAACGUUAAGCUCGCUUUCGACAUUGCCCGAGAGAAACUCCGGAUCCCGCAGCUGCUGGAGGUGGAGAACGUGGCUGGACAAGCCAAACCUGACGAGAAGAGUAUCACCACGUAUGUGUCUCUGCUCUUCAAGGAAUUCGCCUCGGGUGUGCAGAAGAAAAAGGCUGUGACGACGAUCUCCAAGGCGCUGAACAUCGCGCAGCGUCAUCAGGAACUGUCCGCAGAGUUCAACAAAAACGCCUCGGGUCUGCUGGAGUGGCUACAGCAGCAGACGGAGCGUUUCCAGACGCUCAGCCAGCCUCGUCACAUCCCGGACAUCAAAGAAGCGCUGGCGCGUCACCUUGAGUACAAGAAGAACGAGAAGCCUCCGCGUGAGGCGCAGUUUGUGGCUGUGGAAGGCUGCGCUGGGCGCUGGAUUGCCAGUUGCAAGAACAACGGACGCGCCGUGCCCAACUUAGACCCUCCGAUUGAGAAAUUACAGGCUCUGAAGGCUCAGCUGGACGAGUUGGAGACGGCUUUCGAGUUGAAACUGCGCCAAAACUUGGAAAGCUACCAGAAGACUGAGAUUUUCCUUAAAAAGGUGGUUAAAGACUUGGAAAAGGUUGAGUCCUGGGCGAAGGAGAAGGAGGCGUUGUCUCUCUUUGCUGAAGAUCUGGGCGUCACGUCCACUGCCGACGCGGAGGAGAAGCUGGAGAGCGUGGCAUUUCUGCAGGACAUUGAGCUUCCACGCUAUAAGCAGCUGCUGGCUACAGUCGUGAGUGAAGCUGAUGGACUCUCAGAGGAGCACAACGAGACCAAGGCCACGCUGGAGCGAGUGGAGGCAAUGAAGAAUUUCGUGGAGAUGGCUGAAGACAAGGUGGAAGGUGUGAAGAUCAGACUGCAAGAGAGUCUGCGUCUGCAGCAGAACAUGGACGCCGUUGCGAAGGAUGCCAAGACAUUGAUGCGGAACCUCAAGUACGUCAUCGAAGAGAUGGACGAGGAAGUGGAGGCGGCCACAAAGCUCCAGGACGUGUCUACAGCAGGUGUGGUUGCUGCCAAGCGUCAGUUCGAUACAGUGCUCGUCCCCAAGGUUCAGAACGCGGUGGUGAGCGAGAACGAGAAGCUGAUUGCGAAGAAGCAGAUCCUGGCCGAAGCUGGUCGUGAAAGCGAUGUGGCGCUCAUCGAGAAGACGAAUGCUCGUGUGCAGAAGUUGCUGGACUCGCUGGCUGAGAAGCGUGGCUACUACGAACAGGAACUCGCUACUGUGGAGAAGCGUGACGAAAUUUGCCGUGAGUUCGCCAACUUGUCUGCCCGCAUCAAGGAACGUUGUGCUCAGAGCACGCAGUCGAUUAACGUCGUCGAGGGGUCACUGAAGGACCAGUUCAAUUCGAUGGUGAAGCUUCGUUACCGCCUGUUUCGAGCUAACACUGGCGUUGCACUGGAGGAAGAAAUGGAGGGGAAGCCUGCAGACCCAGAGAUCACUGGAGUGGAGACUUCUGUUACUCAGGAGGUCGCUAAACCCGCCGCUGAAACUGUCGCUCCGGAGAGUGAGGAGGGGGACGAGGCUAAGGAUGCGGCCGCUGAGAUCAUUGUUCCGCUUACCGAAGACAUGGAGAAGCUCGAGCGUAUCCACGAGGAGCUGGAGCGUCUGCAGGUGCACACGAACCCGUUCACCACAGACACGAUCCACGGUCUGCGUGCUCAGUUCACGUCGCUUGAGAUUGCUGUCCGUGAUAAGGUCAAGUCACUUGAGAAGGAGCUGGCUCUGAGCGAGGUGGGCAGUCUGACUCCCGAACAGGCGAAGGAGAUUAAGGAAGUGUUCGACCACUUUGACUUGGACAACGAUGGUGUCCUUGCUCGUGACGAGUUCAUCAUGGCAUGCAAGGGUCUCGGUCUGAGUCUGAGUGAAGACGACUGCCACGAUUACUUCGAUAAGAUCGAUGUGGAGGACAAUGACGAGAUCUCAUUCGAGGGGUUCGCCACCUUCUGUACGCUGCAGUUGCAGAGUGGAUCCACAAAGGACGACGUGCACGAGGCGCUGGACAUUCUCACGGGGGACGAGCUCAGUCUCGAACAGAUCCAGGAGCGCUUCGACGCAACCCAGGUCGAGUUUAUCAAGAAGCACCUUCCGGAGCUCUUGGAGGCCGACGGUAAGUCGGUGGACACGGACAAGUUCACGGACUUCAUCUUCAGCGUGUAA